AUGUCACCGGGGGACUACAUAAUUGCACCGAAGUUCAGCUCGAUUACACUUUGCGUUAGCGAUGAGCUAUACCUAGAUCGGGUUUUAUCCCAUAGUGUGACCCCGAGGGACAGCGCUUUUCGCGAUAAGAUCCGCCAUCGCGACCGCGGAUGCGUCCUUAGCGGAGUAAUAAACAAGGCAGCAGACCGGGGUAACUGGAAGGCAUUUGAAGCUGCCCAUAUAUGGCCGCUAAGCAAGGGAACCGAGUGGGUUCGUCAAAACGCCGGCCGUUGGAUUACAGAUUCAGACGGUCUCUCAAACGAGGACAAAAUGAACAGCCCUCAAAACGGUAUUCUAUUGUCGAGCAAUUCUCACGUACUUUUUGAUUCGCAUACUCUUGCAGUAAACCCUGAGGCUAACUAUAGGGUUUACGCUUUCGACGACGAUAACUUUGGUUAUAGCGGGAAAUAUAUGAGCAUCCCAGCACGACAGAAUGGUGAAGUUGGUGCAAGAGACACCCUCUUGCAGUGGCACUUCCGCCAAAGCGUCCUCGCAAAUAUGCGGGGAGCCGGUGAGCCGAUAUGGGACUAUGGCCCGAAUGAAGAAGGUGAUGUCGUAGGAAGAUUGUUGUCCUCGGAUCAUACGAUGACUCGUCUUGGGGAAGAAGUGGGGGCUCGUCUAGCGCUUACUUCGUAUCUCCCAUCAUCAUCAUUACGAGAUGGUCGAUAG